GCGACUGCCGAUCUUACCUUCGCCCCAGGCGACCCGCGCGACCCGAUGGAUGCGUACUCGUUCCAUGAUCACUGCCAUUGGGCUGCCCUGCAUGACAACGCGUACUGUAUAGUACCGGACAGAGACAUUUUGCACGGUCCUUUUGUGGACGACGAGCGACCGCCUCCACCCAUGCCUGCGAUGGAUGACUAUGGGCUGGCAACUGCCCACGGCCCGUAUCAGGACUCGGAACCGGACCUGUCCUACUCGCCCUCCGUAGCCUCCACAGGAUCGGACGUGUCUCCACACGGGUCUCAUACCGCUGUGCUGCCGAGCUUGUUCUCUUCUCUCGCCAUUCGAUCCGAUCCUAAUGUGGUAUUCGCUGACGAGAACGGAUUCUGGAUAUCCGAGUUCGAUGGGAUACCUGUAGGCUUCUGCUACGGGCCCCCGUCCCCAACCUUGUCGGCCGCGGAUGCAGCCUAUGCGAGUCGACACGGCGUGCAUGUGAUACCGUCGAUGGAUGGAGGAGGUUACGAUGUUGACUAUAGCUACCCUGCUCCUUUCAGCGAAGGGGACAAUGCCGUGCCCCAGACCAUUUCACCGCCGCCGUCUGCCGCGAGAUCUCCGCCGACGCGGACCCAGAGGUUGGAGCAGUUUUCCUCGACUGCGCGCUACCGUCGCAUCGCACCGUCUCCGCCUGCUCAUGCGAGCGACCGCGCUGACGCGGCGCCGUCCAUCGGCUCUUCGGUCAAACGAAGUCUACUUGUGCGCCGCCGGUCUCAUUCGCCUUCAGCGCCAUAUCCCCUCCCCGAGCAUGCUCAUGGUCCGUCCACGAGAUCUCGGUCUCGCGCACAGGAGCGACCGCGAAGGGCGCACGGGACCGGACGCUCUUACACUCCGCGGUCCAUCGACGACUGUGAACCUCUUCAGCACAAUCUACGUGAUGUCCAGAAGCACGUCGACCACGCUGACUUGUUGGAAGGACUGCAAACCAGUACACGUCUCUUGCGAGGGCCCGAGCCACAGGCGAAUGCUCCUCAGGAUGCUCAGACUCACGCAUCUUGCCAAGCACAGACGGCUCCGACCCAGACAAGCAGCAGCAGACCCAGGCGCAUCCUCGCCUGCCUUUUCUGCCGGGACCGCAAAAUUGCCUGUGGCCAGCCUCCCGAAUCCAGCGGCGACCGUACCUGCGAUCAAUGCGCCCGCCGCAAGCUCGUAUGCGAAUAUCCCACAGAAUCGAAGCGGGGGAUACACAAGCGAACGCGGCAGUACCAGGUUUACGCGCGGUCCAACCUCAGCACGCAGCGCUCGCUGUCGCCGAAUAUGAGUUCCAACGGCGACGUCGGCGAAUUUAUUCCGUACGCCGUGCAAGAUUCCAUACCUCCUCCCGACGCUAUGGUCGAGGCCGGGUUAACCCUUGAUAUGCCAUUGAGGGGCCAGCCAGCGUUCAACGUAGCUCGCAGGGCAUUGCGCGACAUUGCGUACUACGAUGAAUACGGACAACUCGCGUACGGCCCUGGGUCACGUUAUUGAAGAAACCGAGGCGUGUCGGAACGUUUUAUCAUUUCCCCGACCCUUCUUGUUCCCAUGUUCUGUGUCGUCAUGCUCCGAUGAUAAGUGUAUUUCUCGCCUUAAUCGCGCCGCAUCAUUUCAUUCGUACACGUACCCCCUAAUUGUUCAGCUUGCCAUGUCAGAUGCUAAUCCUCUCAUCCAUCUGCAUUGAACAUACCCUACCGAUUUUUGUUAGAUGGCGAUUAUGUUCUCGUACAACAUCU